AUGUUAUCUUUAUGUCGUUUGUGUGCCAGUUGCGUGACUGGUGUAGAAAUAUCAACAGAAAUCUCCGAAUUAGAGCCAAAGUUACGGCUGUGUUGCGAUUGGAAAUCAUCAGAAAAUGAAGAGCGAUUACCGCAAAAGGCAUGCAAACUAUGUGUUGAUGAGCUUCAAAGGAGUUGGUCUUUCGCUGAAAAGGUGAGUGCAGCUCAACAGCAGUUCCAUAAAUUUACGAGAGAAAUGGUUUCAAAUGAACCUGAACCUGAACCUGAUCCUAUGUCACACGUUGAAGAGAUAUCGUCCGCAAUGGUAAAAGUGGAGACAUAUACAGAAUAUAUAGGAUUGGAACAGUUUGAAUACGACUUUGAUUCCGGUACAUUCGAUAAUCCAAUCAGUGGAUCAGAUACCGAAAGUUUGCAUUCAAAUAAAAGUAAGAAGGAUAAACACCAGAAACCAACGAAGAAGUCAAAGAAAGCAACGAAGAAAUCUAAACUGCCCUCAAAUUCGAAAAAAACUGAACAAAAACCUCUUGACUGGAACAACAUUGACGUAAAUUGUAUUAACGAACGCACGAAACGUCAAAAUAAAUCCACAAAAAAGGCUGCUGUGAAUAAAAUUCCAGAUUUCGAUCCAUUCGUAGCUGCAUUGCCCGAUGAGGACCGUUGUUCGGAUGGAACAAUCAGCGCAAAUGGUGUAGCUAAGCUGAAAGAAUUGUUUCCAAACAUGAGCACCAUGACAUGGAACGACUGUCAGUACAAAUGUACCAAAUGUGCACGAAUUUUCAACGGCCCACAAAAAUUAUGGACACACGUUCGAUCGAUGCAUUGGGAGGAAACACAUUCGAUGGAUUUCUUUUGCGUCUACUGCGACUCGAAGUACAAACGGGAAUUUAAUCUCCAUCGGCAUAUCGCGGAAGAACAUUUUCCACACUUGAAAUUCAGUUGUUUCUAUUGCACCGAUUACUUUUGGGAUGAGGCAGAGUUGAUAAAGCAUCGAAAUCUACACAAAGAUAUUGAGUAUAAGUGUGAACAAUGCGGCAAAAGUACCUGGACUCGUGACAGUUUGUACAUACACGUUGCACAAAGACAUUUCGAUCGGAAAUAUGUUGAUGUGGAUGCAACAUACACUUGUGAUUUAUGUCAUAAGGUGUGUGCAACUAAAACGAGUAUCAAAACUCAUUUGCUGCAACAUACACAACAAUUCGACUAUGUUUGCGAUCAAUGCGGUUGGAAGUUCCGCACAAAAGGGAAUUUGUCAAAUCAUCUGGUGACCACACAUGGCAACAUUCGACCGUUCAGCUGCAAACAAUGUGAUAAAAGAUUCAAAACAAAAGCGCAGAUGGAAAAACACUUCAAGCGUCAUGACGAUUCCAAGCCAGUGGAGUGCAAUAUAUGUAAAAAAAGAUUCCGGAACACGUCUAAUUUGAAUGUUCACAUGCGGAGCCAUAACGAUAUUUUCCCAUAUGCGUGUAAAUAUUGUGAAAAGAAAUUCCGAUAUACGGGCUCGUUGAAGACUCAUGAACGAACGCACACAUCGGAAAAACCAUACGUCUGCAAUCACUGCGAUUACAAAAGCACCAAUUGGCCAAACUUGAAUAAACACUCACUGCAAGUUCAUUCUAUCGACCUGAGAAAAAGGAAGGAUUCAAAAACUUGAUCGAACUAGUGAUUCUAUAAUGGGAUUUUGUUGAAUGGAAAAGACAAACGAUUUAAAAUAAACAACGAAACGGAA